AGGUUCUCGACAGACCAGAACAACCCUCACAUCUCAAUCUCCUCUCCUUUCAAUUGCGUCGGCAAUUGAUCCUUUCUUGCCUCUUCCAUACAUAGACUCUGGUCAUCAUGUUCAGAAACGCUCUCCGACAGUCCAGCCGGACGGUGGGCGCAAUCUCUGCAUCUGGCAGAGUCGCAGCAGUACGUAGCCACAAUGCCAUCCCGGCCAGCUCCAUCUAGCUCGAAUCCCAUCGAAAAUCAUCGUAGUCUACUUCCCGAGAUCAAUUGGCUUGCCGCGAUGAUAAAGGUCGAUGGUGGGGAGCUGAUGAUGAAGCUCCGACAGCUCAAGACGUGUUUUUUUUGGGCCAUCGGCUAACCUCAAUUUUGUGCAGGGACGAACUGCCGCACCAGCAGCCCUCAACGCAGCAUCAAAACAGGUCCGAAGCUACGCUUCCGCCGACAAAGCCACCCCAACCGAAGUUUCGUCAAUCCUCGAGCAAAGAAUUAGAGGUGUUAAGGAUGAGGCCGGCCUCGCCGAGACUGGACGUGUCUUGUCCGUUGGGUACGUUGAUCAACACACAAAUGCCUCAAUCGCCAAUAUGGACUACAUGGGAGGUUUGUUCAAGGAAAUUUGAGGGCUGAUUGGGUUUAUAGAGAUGGUAUCGCUCGUGUCCACGGUAUGAGCAACGUUCAAGCUGAGGAGCUUGUCGAGUAAGUCACACAACUGGAGCUCUUGAAAAUAUUCAUUAGCUAAAUAUACACAGGUUCGCAUCCGGUGUUAAGGGUAUGUGCAUGAACUUGGAGGCUGGUCAAGUCGGUGUUGUGCUUUUCGGGUCCGAUCGUUUGGUCAAGGAGGGCGAGACCGUUAAGCGUACCGGAGAAAUUGUGAGCAAAAGUGGACGACAAUUGAAUUUACAGCCACUGAUGAGCUUUACUUAUAGGUCGAUGUUCCAGUCGGAAUUGAGAUGCUUGGUCGUGUCGUUGAUGCUCUCGGAAACCCAAUUGAUGGAAAGGGACCAAUCAAGACCACCGAGAAGCGCCGUGCACAAUUGAAGGCCCCAGGUAUUUUGCCUCGACGAUCUGUCCACCAAGCCGUCCAGACUGGUCUCAAGUCAGUCGAUGCCAUGGUUCCAAUCGGACGUGGUCAGCGUGAGUUGAUCAUUGGUGAUCGUCAAACCGGAAAGACUGCCGUUGCUCUUGACGCCAUGUUGAACCAAAAGCGAUGGAACGACGGAAAGGAUGAGGAGAAGAAACUUUACUGCGUUUACGUUGCCGUUGGACAAAAGCGAUCUACCGUUGCCCAGUUGGUCAAGACCCUUGAGGAGAACGACGCCAUGAAGUACUCCAUCAUCGUUGCUGCCACUGCUUCCGAAGCCGCUCCUCUCCAAUAUAUCGCUCCUUUCACUGGUUGCUCCAUGGGUGAGGUUAGUAUUUUCUGAUCUAAUUAUCCUUGCAAGACAAGGUAUCUUCUAAACGAGAAGCGGCGAUACUAACUGAAAAUAGUGGUUCCGUGACAACGGAAAGCACGCUGUCAUCAUCUUCGACGAUCUUUCCAAGCAAGCCGUCGCAUACAGACAAAUGUCUCUCCUUCUCCGUCGUCCGCCCGGACGUGAGGCCUACCCCGGUGACGUUUUCUACCUCCACUCCCGUCUUUUGGAGCGUGCUGCCAAGAUGUCCGAGAAGCACGGAGGUGGUUCUUUGACUGCCCUUCCUAUCAUCGAGACCCAGGGUGGUGAUGUGUCUGCAUACAUUCCAACCAACGUUAUUUCCAUUACCGAUGGACAAAUUUUCUUGGAGGCCGAGCUUUUCUACAAGGGUGUCCGACCAGCUAUUAACGUCGGUCUUUCUGUGUCCCGUGUCGGUUCCGCUGCCCAACUUAAGGCAAUGAAGCAAGUCGCUGGUUCAUUGAAGCUUUUCUUGGCUCAAUACCGUGAGGUCGCUGCUUUCGCUCAAUUCGGUUCCGAUUUGGACGCUGCAACAAAACAAACUCUUAACCGUGGUGAACGUGUAAGUAUACGAAAUUUCAAUUUCUGGGGGUAAUUGAAUCAUGGCUAAUUUCAUUCAACAGUUGACCGAGCUCCUCAAGCAAAAGCAAUACUCACCUAUGGCUGUCAACGAAAUGGUUCCUCUCAUCUACGCUGGUGUUAACGGUCACUUGGAUUCCGUCCCUGUUGCCAAGAUUCUCCAGUGGGAGGCUGACUUCAUCGCACACAUGAAGACCAACGAGUCUGAUCUUUUGGCUACUAUUGACAAAGAGGGUGCUUUGAGCAAGGAUUUGGAAGCUAGACUAAAGGAGGUUGUCGUUAGCUUCACCAAGAGCUUCGUAUAAGGAGGGAAAAUUACUAUGCUUUGCUACUCCUUCUAUUUUCUCUUUUGUCUUAAGCAUGGUUCCUUAUGGAAGGGAACAACUGUAUUGAAUGUGGCGGACAGGGGU